CCUGGUCACACGCCAUAAUAGUAUAAUACCAUCCUUUCUCUCUCUUCCCUUAACGCCAGUUUUAGCGAAAACGUCAAGAAGAGAAAACCGAACAGGAACGAGCUAAAAUAAAAAUCGAAACUUUACGAAGCAAGAAAACAAGAAAAUCAAGAAACUGAUAAAGAAACGAAGCAGCCACCAUGAGCACCCCGAAGAAGCAGCACCCAUCAUCGCCGGACGCCGCCGUCGUGAUCCAGCCGCCGUCCCCGCGCCACCCGCCGCCGGGGACGCCGACCGCCGGGGCCCAGCGCAAGAUCGGGAUCGCCGUCGACCUCAGCGAGGAGAGCGCCUACGCCGUCCGGUGGGCCGUCCAGAACUACCUCCGCCCCGGGGACGCCGUCAUCCUCGUCCACGUCAGCCCCACCGACGUCCUCUACGGCGCCGACUGGGGCUCCAUCGACCUCUCCGUCGGCGACGACGACGGGGAGGCGGGGGAGGAGUGCCAGAAGCGGAGGCUGGAGGACGAGUACUACGCGUUCACGACGGCCAAGGCCAACGAUCUGGCGCAGCCCCUGGUGGACGCGCAGGUGCCCUUCAAGAUCCACAUAGUGAAGGACCACGACAUGAAGGAGAGGCUGUGCCUGGAGGUGGAGCGGCUCGGCCUGAGCGCCGUCGUGCUGGGGAGCCGCGGGUUCGGCGCGGUGGCGCGGAAGAACGCCAAGGGGAGGCUCGGGAGCGUCAGCGAUUACUGCGUGCAUCACUGUGUUUGCCCUGUGAUUGUUGUCAGGGACAAGGACAAGAAUGGCGGUGGCGGCAGUAAGAUGGGCAGCCCGGCAUCUCGGGGCGGUCGCUACGGGGCGGGCCCGGCGGUGCCCGAGGAGGACCUGGAGUAUCACGAUGCAUGUGAUAAGCAGAGUGAGAUGGACAAGGCCGCUUGAGCAGAGCUUGCUGCAAUGCUUCAACCGUUGAAGAGGCGUGAGUUUUAGGGCUGGAUGUUUUGUAUAAAGGCUGUUAUCGCUGAGUCUGAUUCCUCCACCUUUUGUCUGUCUGUUUAUAUUUUCACUUAUGCAGCUGUGAAGAAGAUUGUUUUUGGUAAAUUUGAGAUUCUUUGCCUUUCUAAGCACAGUUGCGGUUUUCUUUUCAA